AGGACUAAAGAGAAGCUGUGGAAAAGAGAUGAGUGAAUCAAAGGCACCUAAAGGUAUGGCCUUUGCUGGUUCAAAUCAUUCACUCCUCCACAGUCGUGAAUUAAUCCAUCUGGACUGACUGCGUGGAGAUCUCGUCUCAUCUUCCAUGUAGACAAACAAUCAACAACAACAUUCCCCCUAUCUUCAACUUUUCCUACAACACAUCUUCAACCCACACUUCCUGUCUUAUUUUCGAACAUCAUCUACACGAGAAGUCGAAAUGAAGCUCAAUUUCAUCCUGCGAUUCUCCAUCAUGGCCAUCAGGGCCCUCGCCCGCCUCCACGCCCCUCUAAGUCCCACCGGCUUCACCCCCUGGUUCCGGCUGAACGUCUCUCAACCCACCAGCACCUCUACCCCAUCGUUUCCCCCCUCUCCAACCCAACCCGGGACGGCGUUAUUCUGCUUUACCUACUACCGUGUCCAAACCGGCGACACGUGCGCUCUGAUUGCCGCGAAGAUGAACCAUACCUUUACACUAGAGGAGUUCUACCGAUUGAAUCCGACCGUGGGGUCGAAUUGCGAGAGUCUUUGGCUUGGGUACUGGGUUUGCGUGAAUGGGAUCACCAUGAAGGGGUUGGUUGCGUCGGCCGUGGACUCGACGAUGACUCCGAAAGCGAGGGGAUCGUUUACUAGAUCUUCGCGCUUUGUCCCUACUGGCCAUGUCUCGAGUGCUCAGCCGCGGGGGACUGCGGUCUCAUUCGCGCCGCUUCGUUCGACGACAGAGACUGAGUUUGAGACGAGGACGACGACGCUUGUUACGGUUAUUGUAGUCUGAGCGUCGACUGCUGGGCUUGGAUGAUGAGAGUUCAUGUAAUUCAGCUGGUUUGGGACUAAAAGCUUGGGGGGUCGUGAACAGAAUGAGACGAGGCA